GAACUCUGCAGGUUUGCAGUGCAUGCUGGCGAGGGACAGAGGCAGAGAUGGCAUGCCGGGGACUCUGUGCCUUGACCGCUGUCCUAGGUUCAGGGCAGAAAUAGGAAGCAAUAAAUAGACACACAGCAUCCCCUGGGGGACUGGUAACUUCCAAGGAAGAUGGUUCAUCAGGACAAAUAAUAUGGCUCCAUCCAGGACCAACUCUCUCCUCGUCUUCUACCUCAGUUUCUUGCUGCUCAUCCAUUUCAAAAAGUCACUUUGUGAAAAAGAUGGUCCCAGGUGCCUAUCAAACUCUUGCCAAAACGUCUCUGAGUGUAGUGGUGCUCCUGCUGCUGCAAAAGGAACUGGUUGCCACUGUCCGGAUGUGUUGCUGGAUGGCAUCUCAGCAGAAGAUUGUGUCCAAACAUCCAAGGAUCCUUGUGCCUCCAGCCCUUGCCUUCAUAACGCUACCUGUUCGAGUGCUGCAGGAAACCUCAGCUUUACGUGCAACUGCCUCAUGGGGUACACCGGAGAUACCUGUGAAACUACUAUCAGUACAUGUGACUUGCAUUUCUGUAGGCAUGGAGGCACUUGCCUGGAGAGUCCUGAUGGCCUUGUCUGUCACUGUGCUGAAGGAUAUAUGGGUGCAUACUGUGAAACUAAUCUUGAUGAAUGCCUUUCCAACCCAUGCCUCAAUGGAGCAGUUUGCAAAGACAGGAACAAUGGAUAUGCCUGCUACUGUGUUCCAGGCUACCAGGGAAAGCAUUGUGACCUGGAAGUCAAUGAAUGUGUUUCCGAUCCUUGCCUAAAUGGUGCCACAUGCCUGAAUCUGAUAGGAAAGUAUUACUGCCUUUGUCCUCUUGAAUACACAGGUAUCAACUGUGAGCUGGAAAUUGAUGAGUGUUUGUCACAGCCUUGCCUUCAUGGUGGAACCUGUCAUGACAGUCUCGGGGGCUAUUAUUGUUCCUGUCCAGUUGGUUUUCUUGGUGAACUCUGUGCCGUCAACGCUGAUGAAUGUGCAAGUCAGCCAUGCCUCAAUGGGGGGCAGUGUAUAGAUGAUAUCAACGGAUAUACCUGCAACUGUACAGAGAGUGGAUACAUGGGCCUACACUGUGAAAUGUUGAUUCCUUUCUGCUGGUCAAAUCCGUGCUAUAACAAUGCAACCUGUCAAGAUACAGUGGGGAGUUACAUAUGCCAUUGCUGGGCAGGCUUUACAGGGUCACACUGUGAAGUCGACAUAAACGAGUGUCACAGUAAUCCAUGCCGCCAUGGGAGUGAAUGUGUGGAACUAUCAUGGUCAAGCUGGUAUGGAAAAAUUCCAGAUCUACCCUCAGAGUUCAGCUACCAUACAGCAUCAGGUUACAUGUGUCACUGUCCUUUAGGAUUCACAGGCAUUCACUGUGAAGAAGACAUCAAUGAAUGUCAUAUGAACCCCUGCCAAAACGGAGGGACCUGUGAAAAUUCUCUGGGAAAUUAUACCUGCCACUGCCCAGCUAUAGAGGAGAAUGGGAUAUUUUAUGGUGGCUGGAACUGUACAGAGGUUCUCCUUGGCUGUGUUCAAAAUACAUGCCAAAAUGAAGGAUUGUGUAUUCCACACUUAAGAAAUGGACAACACAGAUUCAGCUGUCUAUGUUCAGCUGGAUACACUGGAGUACACUGUGAAACAAUGACUACUUUAUCUUUUCAGGGAAAUGGAUUUCUCCAGGUUAACAGUCUCCCAUCUGCUAUACAAGACUGUUUCUACAACACAAACCUCCAAUUUCUGACUGUUCAACCAACAGCUUGCAUAUUUUUUCGUGGGGACAAGGAUGUAUUUGUGAAACUGGAGAUACUGAAUGGCUACCUACACUUAUCCAUACAAAUCAAUAACCAGUCAAAAGCCAUACUGCAUGUAGCACAUAAUGUCAGCGAUGGUGAAUGGCACUUAGUGGAGGUGACUAUCGCAAGAAAAGUUACUCUUAAGUUACUUGACAAGUUUUGCACAGACUCUUGUCUCAGUGAAAGUGAAACCCCUAUAGAUUGCCAACAGACAACAUUUGCUUUCCAGAGCACGUUUUUGGGUGGUUUGCCAAAGGGAAACAGGAGCAAUGACUUUCUACCUAGCAUCUCUAACAUGCAUCCUGCACCUCCAUUUGUAGGGUGUCUUCAGGACAUUGAAAUAGAUUUGAACCUUAUUAUCCCAGAGAAUAUAUCAUCUGACUCGUCUUUAAAUGUUGAAGCAGGCUGCACAAAAAGAGACUGGUGUGAACAUCACCCUUGUCAAAACAAGGGACGUUGCAUCAACUUGUGGCUGAGCUAUCAGUGUGAUUGCUACAGGCCCUACACUGGGCCAAGCUGUGCUACAGAAUACAUUCCAGCACGAUUUGGUCACGAGGGAGCCAUAGGAUACGCUGCUUUUCCCAUGGAGGGUGGUACCUAUGAAACCGCAACCAUAUCAAUGUUUGUUCGAACACGCAAGCCUUCAGGCUUGUUGUUUGCUCUGAAAAAAGGCUCAUCCCUGUUUCUCAAGGUCUGGUUGGAAGAUGGGAAACUGGUCCUGUCCAGCCCAAGCUCUAGCAGACUCCAAGGAACACUGCCUGUGAAUGAUGGAAAUUUCUAUUUCAUAACUUUAAAAAUAGAACCAAACAAGGCUGAGCUAAUCCAGUCAUCACAAAACCUAGGCUAUAUUUCUACACCCUGGGUGAAAAUCGAGAAGGGUGAUAUUAUCUACGUGGGAGGAUUAGCAGAAAGUCAAGAAACAAGUAUAAAUGGUGGGUAUUUCAAAGGCUGCAUCCAAGAUUUAAGAUUGAACAACCAGCCACUGGAAUUCUUCCCUGUCACUCCUUUGAUGAAUUCUGUCAUCAGCAAGAACACACUGAUCAACAUAGACCCAGGCUGCACCGGGGACAAUCUUUGUAAGUCCAACCCCUGCAAGAACAGUGGGGUUUGCUAUUCCAUCUGGGAUGACUUCACUUGCACGUGCCCACCAAAUACAGCAGGGAAAGCUUGCGAGGAAGUGAAGUGGUGUGAACUCAGUCCGUGCCCUCAUGAAGCCCAAUGCCAGCUGGUCCAUCAAGGAUUUGAAUGUAUCGCCAAUGCCAUUUUUAGUGGCAGAAACAGUGCCAUCUUUUAUAGGAGUAAUGGGAAGAUCAAGAGAGACCUCACUAAGAUAGCCUUUGGCUUUCGAACCCAAGACUCAGAUGUGAUAUUGCUUUAUGCUGAGAAGGAGCCGGAGUUUAUCAGCAUCAGCAUCCAGAAGACUAAAUUAGUGUUUCAGCUUCAAAGUGGCAACAGCUUCUAUGGACUGAACUUGGCUACCUCAAAACCAGUGAAUGAUGGGAAGUGGCACCAAGUGACCUUUUCCAUGGCAGAACCCUCCUCCCAGUCAUCAACAUGGCGCAUGGAUCUAGAUGGCGAGAAAGACAGUGCAACAAGCAUGGUCACCACAGGAAACCUCAACUUCCUAAGGGAAGGGACAGAUAUCUACCUGGCUGACAGACCUUUUGAUGACCUGAAUGGACUAAGUGGCUGCAUGAGUACCAUAGAGAUCAGCGGAAUCCAUCUCUCCUAUUUUGACAGUGCUGAUGGCUACACUAAAAGGCCACAAGAAGAGCAAUUCCUAAAGAUAUCUGCCAAUUCUGUUGCCACUGGCUGCUCCCAGUUGAAUGCCUGUAGCGCAAACCCUUGCAUGAACAAUGGGAGAUGUGAAGACUUCUAUACUCACUAUCACUGCAAAUGUGCCAAGGGAUGGACUGGGACCUACUGUGAUAUUAACAUUGAUGAAUGUGCAUCCAACCCUUGCGUGCAUGGGAACUGCAGCGAUAGAACUGCAUCCUACACAUGUAUAUGUGAUCUGGGAUAUAGUGGCACAAGGUGUGAAGAAGACAUAGAUGACUGCCAUGGUCAUCUGUGUGCAAAUGGAGCCACCUGUGUAGAUGGGAUCAAUGGUUAUUCUUGCCUGUGUGCUGGCAACUUCACAGGAAGGUUUUGCAGGCGCAUACGACCCCCUUCAACAGUGUGUGGAAACGGGAAUAGGAACAUCACCUGUUACAACUAUGGCAACUGUUCCGAGCUGCAAGGAUACUUAGAGUGUGUGUGUCUCCCAGGCUUCGUUGGGCAGCGGUGUGAGGUGGAUGUUAAUGAGUGCAAUUCUGAUCCGUGCCUCCAUGGAGGCAUUUGCCAGAACCUGGUCAACAAAUUCCACUGUGUUUGUGAAGUGAACUAUGCUGGCGAGCGCUGUGAGAUAGAUGCUGGGUGGCCAUUUUGCUUAAACUAGGCUACAUCCACUGAGAUGCUGUGCUUGUGCUGACAUGCCUGUAAGUGAUGGCCUCAACUCUCAACUCCUCAGAAUCUAAUGUUCGGUAACAUUAGGGGUUCGAAAGCAAACAGAAUGUGACGGUCCAGAAGUGAUGCAUCAGGGCCAGACAGUGUAAAACAGAGCAGAGAAACUUUUGGUUUCUUCACAUGACUCAUCAACCACAAUGGCAUGAUAGCCAUAGGCAUUGGCCUUAGGCACAGUCUCCUUUAUACAACUGUGAGUUUUUACAAAAUAAUUUUGUAUCUGAGGAGUUUGGGGUGGGUUGAAAAAACAGUCUUGGGAGACAAUCACGGAUGGUACUUUCCUCAUUCCGGUGCGAUGGUCAACAAUGGCUGGUUUCCUUACUGUGGGAUAAAGGUUCUCAACAAACUGGAGCAUCAACUUUGGGCCCCGAUCUGCCAUUACAUUUCAGUAGACAUUGCCAAUAUAAUUCAAAAACAACACUUCUUAAGGUCUUUGUUGUUGUUUCUUAGUGCACCAGGAACUAGUACUGAUGUUGUAUUUGCGUAAUUUCCUAUGAUCCAACAGCUGAUGGCUGGUAGUUUGGCACAGGUUCCAUGGACUACCACUCUUAGUAGCACUAUGUUAAGAAAUAUUGUCAUAGCCAUAAGGCAUAUAAACUGGUUUUUAGAAAUCUUUCUUAAUUAAAAGAAAUGAAAUGCUGCAUCAAAUAUCAAAGUACUCCCAAGAUACUGUAACAUACAUUCAGCUCUCACUGUAUUUUGACAUGGCAACUAAUUUUUGGUAAAGGGUAAAAUAAGCCAAAGUCCUAACCCUCAAGCAUUUGAAGUCUUGCCUUCAACUCUUGUUUUUCGCACGGUUGUUCGAUUGUUUCAACUCUCCUAUGGGAAUUAAUGCAAAAUGUGGCACGGGGUUGCCAAAGACUGCUACUUUUCUUUUUGUCUAACAAAACUUGAAUACAUUAUGCAAAAUAGCAAAGGAUGCAGUUUAUGCAAAUGAAUAGAAAGUUGUGCAAGUUACCCUAUUUGCAUAAGCUAGCUGCUCUAGUUUUCCAUGUAUUUGCUUGUUUAUUUGGUAACAUUUGGUUUGCAUGGGGACAGGAUUUUAAACUUUUUAAUGAAAAAAUGAGAGACACCGAGCUAUUUUCUCCAUCACUUAUUUGAGUUUUUCUUGUGUGAUUUUAGAUGAAUCUUUUAUUCAGUAAUGGCUUCCCCAAACACUGAAUUUUGGAAAGAGUCCAGAUGAUGUUGUCUUGCGCAUGUUCCCAUGACUUCUUCCAUACUGUUCCCUACCAGAAAAUAUGUUAUGGAUAGUUGGAUGGAGCAAUGUCUUAGUGCUAGUAAUGGUCAAUCUGGAAGCCAGGUAACAAUACCCUCAAUUGGCAGGUAUAUUCUGGGAGAACUGAUCUACACAUCACCCUCAAUGACCUAAGGUGUUGCAAUAUAUUAGCGUGUUGGCUGCAGUGUAUUGGCUGCAGUGUGUAGGUGUGAUGUGUAAAUGUGCAGAUUAAUAUCCCCUCCCAGGUAACAGUGGUCAUAUCACAUAGGGAUGGGACAGCUAAUUGAACCCGUUUGCAAAAGGACUAGCCUUAAUUGUUUAGAGUAGGGGUUCUCAAACUUUUUCAGCCACUUUUGAAGCAAAAGUUUAUUGUGGAGUCCCAUGAAAAGUUUAUAUAUUAUAUAUAAUGUAUAUCUAUUGGGUAUGGGCAAAUUUUUGAACACAGGGGCAACAUUACAUUUUAAAAUUUAGCAGGCUGAGUCAGUGGCAGAUGGAUGGAGAGUGUUUGUGUGAACUAAUUGGAAAAAUAAUAAUAACUUUGUUUUUGUAUCCCACCCCAUCUCCCCGGAGGGACUCGGGGCGGCUCACAUGGGGGACGAAGCCCGGUACAUCAUAAAAUACAGUAUCAAUACAUUUAAAACAAGAACACAUAAAACAAGCAUAUAAAAAGCAUAUAAACAGUAAAACAUAAUGAACAGUAGACGAAGCACUGUUAGAGUAAAAAGCAUGAACAAAUCCUAUGCGUACUGCACAUCUCAUUUGUAGUGCAAAAAAAGAAGAAAGAACAAUACAAUAUUUAAAAUGAAGAACAAUUUUAACCAACAUAAACUUAACAGUAUUUCAGUGAAAGACCCAAGAGGCCAUCCAGUUCAACCCCCUUCUACAAUGCAGUAAAAGCACAAAGAACUGCAAAUAGUCAUUCAGCCUUUGUAGUAGUAGUAGUGGAAAAGGAGGAGGAGGAAAGCACAGAGCCCCUCAGUAUGCCUCACAGAGCCCCAAAGAUUCUACGGAGCACAGUUUAAGAACUGCUGAUUUAGAGCCUCCCUUUUGCAGCAUGAUUCAUUUGGCCCUCCCAUCCCUAUGCAGCAUGUUUGUUUUUAAAGAGAUUAUUUCCCCUUCCAUUUGUUUUGUAGUGUUCUUUGUUCCAUGUUUUCUCUGGUGGCCAUGUGCACUACAAUAACUCACUGGGAGUAUAAUUGUAGAUCUCAGGUUCCCCAGUUCAAUACUGGCUUUUGGCACAUAAUUUCCCUUCCUACUUUUAAUUCAGUUCAUCUUUUUAAAGCUUUUUGGUGGUGAUUCAUUUAAUGAGUUUCCAAUGGAGUAGAUUAGUGGGAGAGUUUUUAGCAGGAAAGAGUACUUCUGAAGAUCUGUGGGUCCUCAGGCCAUCUGUCGGGGGAGCUUUGAUCGGGAUUUCCUGCUUCUUGGCAGGGGGUUGGACUGGAUGGCCCAUGAGGCCUCUUCCAACUCUAUGAAUCUAUGAUUCUAAUUUUCAAAUUAGAAUCAUAGAUUCAAUUCAUUCAUUUCUUGCCAUAGAUUCAUUUCAUUCAUUUCUUGCCUUUUCAAAUUCUUGCAUAUAUUUACAUAUGUGUGUGACAAAAAUUGUGGAAAUGCGUUUACAAAUAAUAUAGACAUUCAAAAGGUAAUAGUGUUUCAUCUCUUUUUUUAACAUGUCAGAAGCGAAUUGAGACAAGUCGCUUCUGGUGUGAGAGAAUCAGCCAUCUACAGAAACGCUGCCCAGGGGACACCUGGAUGUGUUACCAUCCUGUGGGAGAUUUCUCUCAUGUACCCGCAUGGGAAGCUAGGACUGACAGAUGGGAGCUCACCCCAUCUAGUGGAUUCGAACAUUCAACCUUCAAGUCAACAGUUCAGCUGGCACAAGGGUUUAAACCCAUUGCGCCACCACGGUCCAUUGUGUUUCAUGAGAUAUGUAAUAAUGUAAUAUUUCAUUAUUACAAUUUAUAUAUUUAUCCGGACCUCUUAUACAGGGUUGGUUUAAUCUCUGGUUUGCUAGUAAAACUGAGUUAUAAUGUCAUAAUGUGAUGCUUGUCUAAAAUGUGCAUCAUGAACAUGAAAUAUUUGGAAAGCUCUGUUCUAGAGAAAUGUUUUCUCACUUUUCAAAUCACAAUUUCACAAAUACAUCCUUUGUUUCUGUCAUAUUACAGCUUUCUGUAUGCCUUGAAGUUGCCUGAAUUGAAGGCACCCCUCUCCUCCCACCAAUCCCUUACGAAUUUCAUAGGUUUACUUAAGUAAAGAAUAUUCAGUAUUAGGCCAUGAUUACAGGCAUAUUCUGGCUGUUCCCCAACAAUAUGAUGAUGAUUGACUUACUGGACUACCAUGUUUCCUUUUGUGAUUCUUUCACUGUUCUUCACUACACUCACACAAAGACUUUUUUAAAAAAAACAAACUACUUUUUAAAAUAAAAAAAUAUUUAGUAUACACUAACAAGCACCCCCAUUCGUCAACUAUUGCUGCACGCAGAUAUUCUGAAAGCCAUGUAUAUGGAUUUAAAGUACAGCAUGGAGAGUACUCAGAGAAAAGUUUGAUAGUUUUUGUUCUACUUCCAUAUGGAAGUUCCAUGGUAAUUUAACUCCAGCUUAACUUAUUCCACUGAAGCUGAGAAUACUCUUGUGGCACGAAGAAAGCUAUACUUUUUAUGAUAAACACGGGAAGUUGGUACAGCUCCAUAAUGUGAUCCCCCUCUUCCUCCUAUUUGACAGGAAUAAUAAUCUAACCUGCCUAUUCCAACUUUAAAAGCUUCAUAUUAUUUUUUCAAAAACUGUGAAAUAGGCUACAGAUUGUAGGGCAAUAUUUUAAAAACCCAAAUGUUGAUUUUCAGGCAUAUGCUACUGUGUAGUUUUUGUGUGAAAAUAAUGCAAAACAAGAAAUAAAUCCCAUGACAACAUUUCUGAGUGUAGCUAUCAUUUAUUUUACAUUACACAGUGGGGCACUUGAUGGCAACGCAGAAUUCAACAAACACUUUUAGACGAAAACAAAACAAAACAAAGUGAACCCACCCAGCCCCACAAAACACCCACUUGAUGUAAAGUGCAUACAGAGGUGCUACUGACUGUAGUUCAAAAUCUGGUGAUACAUCUCCAGGGCAGUAGUCUUUGGUAGACCCAUCCUUAACAUCAAAGUGAAAUGUGGGACAGAUAUACACAUUUUUAACGGUUGACAUGCCUUAAGAAUACAGAAUGCUGGUCUAUCCCAUAUUGAUUUCCAGUGGCUUCCCAAGAGAACCUAAGGUGAGCUUUGAACCUGUUGUGUCUACAGCUUGCACUGCACCAUUAACUUUGUUCUAUUAAAAUAGGAGUGUGCAAAGUACAGUCCAUUUUUGUGUACCCUAACGGUGAACGUUGUAGAUAUGGUACAGGGUGCAGCCCUCCAAGGUCUUUCAGGGGACUAAUGCAGCUUUAACAUUCCACAGUUGCUUACUUGGUUUAAAAAAAGGAGAGUAAAAAAGGCAGUAGUACAAAAGAGAGGACUAUGCAAAAAACCCCCACAAAAAACAAGUGCAGCUUGCUAGGGUAGAAACGGAGAGAACGCACCUGUUGAAUAUUUUCUUUACAUUGGUCUGUCUGGUUUCAUUUCCCUUUUCUGCCCUAUUUUGCUUCAGAUUGAUAUCUUUAAAUAUUGGUAAUAUGGCCAAAGUAGCUCACCUUAGGUUAGGAUGUGGUCCACCUAUGGAUUCCUGCCUGCUGCUGAAGACCAAUGUUCUAGAACAGGGGUUCCCAAUGCUUUGUGUGCCAGAUUUUUUGGG